GAGCGUUUAUAUUUGCCCCGCCUUAUGAGGGCUAAGGAAACUUGAAAUUCAGGGUUGAAGUUUACUUUAUCUUCGUUGGACUGGUUACGGAUUCACAAACAUGGCUGGAACCAUUAAAAGGUUUUACGACCUUACAGCUAAGUUGCUGUCCGGUGAAACGUUCAGUUUCUCAGCACUGAAGGGAAAGGUCGUUCUCAUUGAGAAUGUGGCGUCUCUCUGAGGAACAACAAUCAGGGAUUACACUCAGAUGAACGAGCUACAUUCUCGCUUUUCCGCCGAGGGACUUGUUAUUCUGGGUGUGCCCUGCAAUCAGUUUGGACAUCAGGAGAACGCCAAAAACGAUGAGAUCCUGAGAUCCUUGAAGUAUGUCCGCCCAGGUGAUGGCUUUGAACCAAAGUUCCCGCUGUUUGAAAAGCUGGAUGUGAAUGGAGAGGAUGCCCAUCCAUUGUUUGUGUAUCUGAAAGAAAAACUCCCAGUCCCCUGCGACGAUACUACGGCUCUCAUGACUGAUCCGAAGUUCAUCAUCUGGAGUCCUGUGUGCAGGAGUGACAUUUCCUGGAACUUUGAGAAGUUCUUGAUCACUGCUGAAGGAGAGCCUUACAAGCGUUACAGCAGGCAUUUCCUCACUAUUGACAUCGAGGCAGAUAUUAAAGUGCUACUAAAUAGAAUUAAGUAAAAUGUGCUUUACAACACUGUGGCUGGCUGUAAAAGAUGUUGCUGGGACCACCCUGCCCUAGCGAAACUUAUCAGUAGACGCAGACAUUAGGGGCAUUUUAUCUUUCUUUUCCAGCUUACAGCUAAAGUAAACUGCCUCAUUCCAAAGAUUGUGCUAUUUUCAGUGGUGUACACUUGGGGUUUCAACCUGUUUACUUAAUGAAGAUGCUCCUGUAAACCAUUUUGUGUAAGGAGUUUCCGAUGAAGAUGUAAAUGUGUGUCUCUACUACUAUCUAUACCACAAUUUUAAUAUUCAAAGAGGAAAAAAAAUAAAAGCUUUUGCUCUGAACCAAA